CCCGAAACUCACCUGUUUUGAUAGCUGGGUAAAUUGUCCUGUAGGAUAUAGCCCAAAAAAAAAAGAAGAAGAAGUGUGACAGAAGACAGAUCGUAAUCUGUUCAAUCUGUUAGCGUUAGCGGCAAAGAUAAAUUACGAAAAUUUAUUAAUUUAUCUAUGGUUUAUAAUUAUUAUUCACUCUAGACCAGGGUAAGUGUUCUGUGCUCUAGACUCUAGUAAAUGAAUACGUGUGUUUGCAAAUAAUAUAAGAGUAUUUUGUUUAUCACACAAAUAUAAACCGUCCACGAUAUACCUAUAUCACAGUACUACAUUUCGGUAUCGUCUUAUAAUUUAGUGAAAAAACUUUAUAUGUGAAAAGUGAAACUCAAAAUGUCUUCUGAAAUUUUAAACGAUAAUGACAUUGUGAGUGAUAUUGAUCCGAAUCUUUUCAAUUUAAUCUUAUUAAAUGGACCUACUGAAGAACAUUUAAGAGCUGUAAAUGAACUUUUAUCUUCAUCGAAAACCACUACGAAAGGUUUAGAAUCAUUAAAUUCUCUUCUCAAUUAUUGUACAAUUGAUAUGAUUAGUGAUUAUAUAAUUCUUUGGCUAGACUUUUGCUUAAAAGAAUCAAGUGAAAAUGAAAACUUUACAGAGACUAAACUAUUGUUAAUUAGCAAACUUUUUGAAAUAUCAUAUAAUAACAAUGACGUAUCGAAGAAGAUAGUUUCGGACUGUUUAUCAAAAGUAGUUGAUUUAUGCCUUAAACAAAUCAAUAAUUCCUAUGAAGUGUUAGCUGCACUAGAUGUUCUUGCAGUAAGCAUGAAGAGAUUUGGAAGUUGGUUUCCAAGUGACAAACUUCUGAUUGAAACAUAUAUAAUUUCUUUUUUGGAAAAUUCUUCGACAGCUAUUGUUGAAAAAGCUGCAGUAGCUUUUUUAUUAUUACAACAAGUGGGAAAUGCAGGAAAUGAAGGUCUUCAUCAUAGAAAACAUUUUCAAGAAUCUUUACAAAAGUUAUGUACAACAUUUCACAAUUUACUUGAUCACUUUUUUGAAAAUAGGGUUGAUAUUAGCGAUAUAGACAGUAUAGAUGUACCUUAUCGUGGCGGCUUUCAUUUUAAUAACCAGCUGUUUGACACUCAGAUUAUAAUCACAGUAAUUGCCCAACGAAUUAAAAAUAUAUUAAUAUUCAUAACAGUAAUGAUAAAAAAUGGUUUUCCAGUUUGUAAAGAUAUAAGGCCUAUGGACAUACUAAAUGUAAUUAGUCGAGGAACAGUUCCACAUCAUUGUAAUCAUAAUUCUAAAGAAGAUUACCAGUUUUGUUUAAAUCUGAAUAGUAUCCAAGUACAGUUAAUACGCUUACUGAGAGUUUUUAUUACAUGGUUACAGAACCAUUCGUUCCCAUUUUCAUUUAUUAUUAGUAAAAUUCUAAUAGAUUGCCUUAAAAAAUGUCAAAACUGCAAGUGUUUUGAUUUAGAUGUGUACUAUCAAGAAACUAUUUAUGUAACUUUAAAAUGCUGGAUCAGUACCUGUAGGAGUGGAUUAAAUUCCUAUUUUCAAGAACAAUUAAUAGCUUGUAUCCUAAAAGACAUUUCACCACUAAACACUUUGGUUAGUUUAAAAAUACAAGCAGUUACAAAAAAGGAAGAUACUACCCAGAGAAAUAUAGCUGAACAUAGCUCGAUACCUAGCAGACAUUCCAUUGUUGAUAAAGGAGAACACAUGAAAGAAAGAGAGGAAAUACGAUGUCAACUAGCACUAAAUACUUUAACAACUUUGUUUCAGUCUGGUUUCGUCCAGUUAGAAACGAGAACUACCCAGAAUAUUUAUACUUUAAUCUUCACAAUAUUGAAUGAUAUCAUUACUUCUGAGAUUCCACAUCCUUAUAGGAACCACAAAUGCCAGUUGAAUCUCCUUAAGCUGUUAGUUGCAUUGUAUGAACAAGAUACAUUGAAAAAUUUACCAUCUGUUUCUCUCUCUAUUAAUAUCCUUAAUAUUUAUUCUUCCAAUAGUAAUAGCGACAUAGCUACAUUUUGUAAAACAGGAUUAAAUAUUUUAGAAAAAAUAUGUCAGCCUAUUUCAGUUUCACUUAACACACCAUCAUCAUCAACAGAUGUUCUGCAACCUAAUCAAUGCUUAAGUCAAGAAUCAGUUUUUAUGGAAUGUUUUGUAGACCUUUCAGGAGUAAGUACUGAUGAAUCUAAUGAUGACAAGAAAGUAAAUCAUAAAAAUGAGAUUAGUUCUUCAGCAGAAAAUGAAAGUGCUGGAACAACCAUAUCAAGCAGUAAUAGUGUAAUCCUAGUUGACUCUAGUAAUAAAUCUUCAGAAAGCUAUCAUGAAGCAGCGAGUAUUAGUGAUGAAUCAUUAGUUAAAAAGCCAAGAAUUAUUACUGAAGAUGAUGAAGUGAAUAUAAAAGAAAUAUUUAAAAGUGAAAUUAAAGAUUCAGAAUUUCAAGAGUUAAAUUCUGCAUUUGUUGAUGAAGUUAAAGAUGAAGCGAAUUCAAUAGAAAUAUCUAAAAGUGAAAUAAAAGAUUCAGAAUUUCAAGAGUUUAAUUCUGCAUUUGUUGAUGAAGUUAAAGAUGAAGCGAAUUCAAUAGAAAUAUCUAAAAGUGAAAUAAAAGAUUCAGAAUUUCAAGAGUAAAAUUCUGCAUUUGUUGAUGAAGUUAAAGAUGAAGCGAAUUCAAAAGAAAUAUCUUAAAGUGAAAUAAAUUUGGUAUUUAGAUGCCAAUUCUCAAAAAAAAAAAAAAAUUGGUAUUACAAGAGUUAAUUUCUUCAUUUCUUGAUGACGUUAAAGACUAUUAAUAUUUAAAUUUAAGAAGUAUUUUUCUGUCAUGUUAACAAAAUUACUUAUAUUUAAGUAUAUACAACACUGUUGUAAAUUGUGCCCCAAUCUCUGAUUCCCAAAUGAAACAAAACUUAUGUUGAAUUAAAACCUAAAUAUGAAUUUUUGAGGGUUGCAAAGUAAGGAUCGCCAUUUGCUAAUUUUUUAUAAAACAAAGUUGGAAUUUGUUUGUUCAACAAACAUUUUUAUUUGUUCACCCUUCAAAAAACAGUUAUGACAUAAUUAAAAAUUCGAGCAAAAAAUUUUUUUUUAAUUAAUUUUGAAGUGGCAUUUGAUUGUCCCUAUUUGUCCCGUUUAUCUAACCCAGAGGUUCCCAAACUUUUUAAUAAAUGUGUGUGAUCUAAUAUUAAGUAUUAGUAAGUAUAUAUGCAAAGAUGGAAGUGUUAAGAUUUUAUAAUCAUGAAAAAGUUGUUUGCAGCUAGUUGUUCUUGAAACCCCAGCCAUGCAUCUUAUUACUUUUUUUGUACACAAUGCCCGCUCCAGAUGAGCUGAGCAGCCCCACAAAAUCAGACCAUUUAAGAGAACUGAUUCAACCAGACUAAAAUAUUUUAAUUUUAAAACAUCAAUAUUGACAAUGUUUUUUAAUUGCUGCAUUAGAAAACAUAAAUUACUUAGUUUAUUUGAUACGUGAUCUGUAUGGUUCUCCCAUGUCAACUUGCUCUCUAAAAUUAUUCCUAAGUAUUUGCUAUAAUUUGUUUGUUUUAAUGAUGUAAUUUAAAAGCACCCUAAACAACUCCGCUUCUGUCCCGUUCCAGCCCCUAGCUAAUCCAAACUUUAUUAGGCAUUCCAUCAAAAUAGUUGUUGCCCGUGUGCAAAGACAUUACAAAUGUUUCAUUCAUAAAUCCCAUACAAUUGCGGACUGUUAUUGUUUUAAAAUUGUUAGUGAGUGGAAGAGAGAAAGACAGAUCUCUUAGGACCGGCUGGCAACGUUGUAAACAGUGUCCAUAAUAUGCUCGCCAGUGGCGUAGUUUUAAACCUACCAGUAUUGUCAGAGUAGUAUGUUCAAAAAAUACGUAAAUAAGUGGUUCUUAGUAAUAUAAUUAUGAUGAUUUUUUCAUGUAGGUAAAUUCAAGUACAAGUAAAUUGAAAUACAAGAGAAUUCAAGUUACUUUCCGAUUUUUAAUAUUUAUUGGUUUAUAGUUUAUUGGCAUUUACUAUAUAUUUGCUUGGUAUGGUGUUAACCAAAAUUAUUUUAAAUUAACAUUAAGUGGGUAGGGGUAUAUAAAUAAAACACUGUCCUAAAAAUAUAUAAUUUUUUAAAUAAUAAUUACAAAAAACAUGGUAUGGUAAAAAAUUGUAAAAAUUUUUAAAAAAACACUUUAAAUUUAUUAAAUACCUUAAUUGUAUUAACAAAAAUUUCAUUUAAUUUUUUUAUGCUUAGUUAUUAGUGUUCUUACUUACUGCAAUGUUUUUUUGCAGCAAGUGGUGUUCCAAAAACAGUUGAAUCAGAACUAAAAACACAUACAUUACAUAUACAAACAUAUAGGUAAUAAAUAAUGUUUAGAGGUAAACAAAAAAUUAAUAUUUUGUAUUUUUACCUAUUGGAUAAGGACCGAUUCCACCGUUGUGUUAAACUGAGAUUAAAAUGACAUUGUUAAUGUAAAAAUGUCAUUUUAAACUUCGUUUAACACAACGGUGGAAUUGGUCCUUAGUCAUCCAAAAAUAGAAAGCCCUCACACCGUCUAGGGUUUGCAUCUUUUCUGAUAUAUUUAGCACUAUUUGCUCGUACCAAAACAUCUUCAGGAAAAAAGUGUUCUGAAUACAACUCUGUUUUUACGAAGGGGUUGAUUUUCAAGGAUCCCUACUAGAGAAAAUCAAAGUUUUCUUUUCUCAGGAUCUUGCGGAAACCUAAAUAGAAUAUUAAACAAUAUGUAUAGGUGCCUAAUAAGUAAAUCAUUUUUAUGGUAUUCUACAUUUUACGUUAAAUUUUCUUUGCCACUAUUCAUUAAUUAUAUAUUGGUAUAAGAAUAAUUUACUAAUUUAUAAAAGGAAUAUCUCUUUAAAAACUGUUUUAGAAUACACAAGUUUUUGAUACAAUUUCUUGCACAAUUUAAAUUGUAUAUUAUCAAACCUGCAGUAAAUUGUCUGAAAAAUUAGAUUGGAUAAUCAUUUUUCAUACAAUUUACUAUGUGAUCCUAUACAAUUUAAAUUCUAUAAGAAAUUGUAUCAAAUCUUGUACAAGAAAGUGUAUAGUCAAAACAGUCUUAAGGCACGUACCCUACUCCACUGGUUCAAAUGAAAACAACAUAUGUUAACCUAAAAAUACUUAACGAUGAAAGGAUAAAUUUCGAUUUAAAUGAUCUACCUUAUUGAACACUACACAUGCAUGUACCACAAUUCUUUAUAUUUCUCACAAAAGUUUACAAAAAUAGUAUUUUAUAAAUGAAUAAAUAAAUAAGUCACAGAAACUGUCAGAAAUAGCUGUUAGACCCGAUUGGCAACGUUGCGGCUGGUUAUGGUAAAACUACAUUUCAUUCAUAAAAGUAAAUUCGUAAAAUAAGAUAUUCAGCGUUGCCGUAUUUACGGAGUUCUUUGCAACCCUAAUAUUUUGUUUAGAUUAAUAUUGAUUUUUAAUAAAAAAUUUAGCUUACAUUAAAACUUUAAAGAAUAAUUAUUUGAUUAAAAACAUUUUUAUUUAUAUUGUUAGAGUCAGCGAAUUAGGAUAUCGCCGCCACUGGGGUCGACGGUACCACGUGUUAGAAUCAGCGAAUUAGAAUAUCGCCCCACUGGGGUCGACGGUACCACGUCUGCCCGUUGCAGUGUCCAGGACCAGGAGAGAGCGGGGACUUGACUUUCGACCAGCCGAACGCUAUGAAGUGAUAGGCAAUAUGCCGUUAAAGACAUUAUUUAUUUUGUUCCUUAAUUAAUUACAUUUUAAACAUUGUUUACGAGAUAUUUAAUAAAACGUUAUAAAACCA